ACAUACAAGUAACAUUCUGAUUUUUUUUUAAAUAACUACGUUAUUACACAGCUACAGUACAUAACUAUAUUUGAGUCGAGUUAUGAAACAAGCAUCAACUGAAGGUUUGGUCUUUUUACACAAGGUCAUUAAAAUUGUCUGUCAAAUUAAAAAUGAUGUUUUCAUCACCAAAUAUAAAAUAAGUUACAUUUGGAGAAAUGUGGGAUGGGGUCAAGCGUAAAGGUCGCAUUACUAAUUGUGCAUGACAUGACAUUGUAUUACAACUUCAAAUGCAAGAUUCAUGGACAUUCAGACUGAUCACUUGAGGUGUAAACUAGGGCUCUUUAUUGGAUUCACGACCCCUAGAUUGUGUUUUUCUGAAAACUCCAUGGGGUUUCAAAACAAAUAAAAGCAUGGCUUAAUGUUGCGUGUUUGCUUGCCCACAAUCACUGCAUGUCUGACUCAUGAAAAGCAGAACCACACAACAGCAAACUAUUCUGUCUUUUCACCAACAGGAAGUGGUUCAGGUCUGUUUUUAACAUUGCAACAAUCAGUGUUUUCAGUUCUCACAUGAUUACAAUGUAUAAUUAAAGGAAAUUGCCUGAUCUGGGCUAAAGCUGCCGUAACCCUUCUAGAAGUAUUUUCACAGAAAAAAAUGUUUGUUAGUUUUGUUUUGGGUUUUCUAAAACAGAAUUAGACUUGUGAAACAUCCAGUGUGCUGUGCCAUAGCCUGAUGAAUACUGGAACUGACACCAGACUGCCAGUUACCCUGAAAAGAUUUAAGUAAACACUCUGGUGUUUUAAAGUGUACAAAUGUACUGAACAUGGUGUUAGUAGUCCUGCUGUGAAUAAAAGGCUUGACAUGACAUUUUCAAAGUAAAAAAAAGUAGCUAUAGUUCAAUAAAUCACACUGAAAGUAAUUGAAUGCAAAAAGUUAAAAAGGGGGGAUUUUAAAGAUGCAAUUUAAAUGUGUGGUGUUCCCUGUGAUGAACACACUCCCCAGAUCAUGUGCUACUUGGGAAGAGGAAGUGCUACAGCUCCUCAGGUCCCUUUUAGUUGUUUCUGUAUAAGAACAUAUGUUUUCUGUUUGAGCUUAAGAUAAAUUCUACAUGCUAAAAAUCCCAUCUUAAACUUGUCAUUCAGUAUUCAAGAGAAAAUUAAGGGUUUUUCUAAAUAGUUUGUGAUGUUUUCAAAGAUAUUUCCCAGACUUGGUUGUUUGUAUUUAUUGUCAUAAAUUACUAAACAUUUGUCUUUUCUUUUUUUUUUUUUAACAAAGCUAGUUAAAAUACAUAGACUUUGUUAAGAUUCGUAGGCUGUUAUCACAUUGGUUCAUGUCCACGUGUCCGCGUAUGACCAAUCAGCGCGUUGGAAAGGAUUGGACCAAUUACGUCGGAGGGGCGGGGCUUAGCUGAAACGGAAAAACAAAGGCAUAUUCUGCCUGAAGCUUAGGUGUACGUUUACAAGUAAACACAAACUCAACUAAAUCUGUGCUGUGCUGUUGCUCAUUCAUUAUCCGUUCAAACACCGUCGACACUAGAGAAGGUACAGGACCACUCUCCAUGGCUGUCCUGCUACAGAGUCCACAUGCAUUUCUGGUCAUUCUGCUCCUCUUACUUUACUGGGUUGGUGUGCAGUCCAUCCCUGACCCCAGGCAGAGAGAGAUGCUCAUAAAACUUGAGACAUCCAUGCAGACAGGUGGUCAGCUGCAACUCACUGAUGCUGAGCAGAAGCUGGAUGCUGUGCUGUUCAAAAUGAAACAGAGGGAGAGUCAGGCAGGGGCCUUUCCUCCUGCUGUACACUUCUUCAAGGCCAGAGAACUCAUAAGGGCUAGCCCCAUCUUCAGCCUGCUGCAGAGGAUGCCCAAAGGGGCGGUGCUCCACGUCCACGACUUCUCCAUAGUCGAUGCUGAGUGGCUGGUGAAGAAUGUGACCUAUCGACCCCACUGCUACAUGUGCUACACUGACAACCACUCUGUCAGAUUCAUCUUCUCCUCUUUGUCACCCAAACCUCUGUCACAUUGUUCUCCCUGGAUUCUUCUGGAAAACCAAAGAGCCAAGAUGGGCAACUCCACAGAUUUUGACAGAAGCAUCACAGCCUACCUGACACUCUUCACAGAGAAAGAUCCAGACACAGUGUACCCCAAUCAGAGUGUGAUAUGGGGUGCAUUUGAACAGGCCUUUCUUGCUGUUUGGGGUCUGGUCACCUACACACCAGUGUUUCGGGACUACUACUACCAGGGCUUGACCCAGUUCUACAUGGACAAUGUCAUGUAUUUGGAAGUUCGGGCUAUGCUCCCAGAGUUGUACGAGUUGGACGGCAGCACUCAUGACAGAUCCUGGACUCUAAAGACCUACCAGGAUGUUACCGUACAGUUCACAAAGGAGAACCCAGAUUUCUUUGGAGCAAGAAUUAUCUUCACAACUCACAGGGCAGCCAAUAUAACCAGCAUGACUGAAACUGUGAUGGAGGCCAUUAAACUACAGAGAGAUUUCCCAGAUAUCAUGGCUGGUUUUGACUUGGUGGGUGAGGAAGAUAAAGGCAGACCACUGUGGUACUUUAGAGACGCCUUGUCACUGCCGGCAGAGAUGGGGGUCACACUUCCUUUCUUUUUUCAUGCUGGAGAGACAGACCUCGAAGGCACAGAAGUGGACCAGAACCUAUUGGACGGCCUUCGGUUGAACACCUCACGCAUUGGCCAUGGGUUUGCUAUAAACCGCCACCCGGUGGCCAAAGAUCUUUCAAGGAAGAAAGGUGUAGCUUUGGAAGUCUGCCCCAUCUCCAACCAGGUGCUAAAGUUGGUAAAGGAUCUGCAAAAUCAUCCGGCCGCUGCUCUGAUGGCAGAAGGCCAUCCGCUGGUCAUCUGUUCAGAUGACCCUUCUCUGUUUGGAGCCUCUGGUCUCUCUUAUGACUUCUAUGAAGCUUUUGUGGGAUUUGGAGGACUGCGGUCCAACAUAGGUACACUGAAACAGCUGGCCAUCAACUCCAUCAGGUUCAGUUCUUUGACACCACCACAACAGGACAUAGCCUUGGCCAUUUGGCAGAGAAGAUGGGAUCAUUUUGUCUCUGAAAAGGUUUUUUAGAAAUGUAUUUUAUUUUUGGUGAAUCCUAUCGUGAUUUUCUAUUCUGAGGAGGGAGCCACUUUUCACUGAGGUGUUUGGUUAGUGAUGCUGUAGUAAAACUGCACAAAUGAGAAUCUCCAAGGCCACACAAACAGGAGACAAAAGAGGGUUAACGUUUUACGUCAUUGACAAUCAAAGCUACGGCCGAUUGACAGUUGGAAUUUAUCAAUUCUAACAGGUAAAGUUUUUAAUUUUUGACAGAAACCUAAUUUUAAGUAAAGAUUGGACUGAAUAUGGAUCAACACGUCAAGAUUUGUAAUGUUAAAAAAGUGAGGUUCCCUUGUGACCAGGUCCACUGGUAACCAAGUUCUGAUGUGUAUCGCAAGAGAAUUCUUUUAAAAGAGCUAAAAAGAGCAACCACAAGUUGUUAAGUAGGAUACAUUUUUUUUAUGCAGUGGCAAAAUUCCUUUUGAAAACUGGGUGUUAGUGCGCAUACUUUUUUGGAGUGUGUUCACUUUCCGAGUUUCAAAAUUAAUUAGGUGUAAAAACCCUGUUUGCUUGAUAAAAGGUUAAAACAAAAGAAUUACACGGUCAAGAUUUGAUUAGUUCAAUGAUGGUACCAACUUUUCUGGAAACAAACUCAGUGUUUGUGUGUGUGUGUGUGUGUGUGUGUGGUGAAGCUGGAAUUCUGUGAUCUCUGAAUCAGCUGGGUGGAAGAGUUCAUUUUCAAAUAAAUUAUUGAGUUUUUACAUGA